UAUAAAGAUCUUGUUAUAUGGAUUCACAAACAACAAAGUCUUUCCACAUUCCAAUUCUCAAAAGAAAUUUCCUCAUAUUUCUUUUUGGAACAUAUUACAACAUGGGUUUCCGUUUACCAAGAAUUGUUCAUGCCAGACAAAGCCUUCAACGUUCUUCGUCAACAGGAAAUGGAGCAUCUCCGAAGGCUGUCGAUGUUCCAAAAGGGUACUUCACCGUUUAUGUUGGUGAGGUAGAAAAGCAGCGUUUUGUGAUCCCACUAUCUUACUUGAACCAACCUUCAUUUCAAGAUUUGUUGAGUCAAGCAGAAGAAGAAUUCGGAUAUGAUCAUCCAAUGGGUGGCAUCACUAUUCCUUGCAGUGAAGAAACUUUUCUCAGUCUCACGCAGAGUUAAGGGAUUGAUUUACAAAAGUAGAUAGUAGAGGACAAUGAUUAGAAUAGCAUACAAUGUAUACUCUUAACAUUUUUGAAUGAGAACUUGAUUCUUUGAAUUCAA